AUGACAUCCAAGUCCGAGAAAGUACUUGAUCCCCUUGCUCGAUUACGCCCAUGGUAUAGAUACCGCCUUACCAAAGGACCUAGAAGAGAUGUCAGUCACACCCAAGGGAGAGACCAUAUUCAGAAAUACGGAGUUAUGAGUAUCGCUUUCUCUCCAGACUACCAGCUGGUCGCAGCCGGAUGUCUGGGUAAGAGCGCCUAUAUUUGGGAUAUUCAAUCUGGCAACCUUGCUGAACGCCUUGAGGGCUCUGAUGAGCAUAAUAAUGCUGUUUAUGAUAUCGCUUUCUCUCCGAGCGGCAAAGAUGUUAAGAUGUGGGGCCUUCGCUCGGCUCGCCACCUGCAGGAUGGAAACGACCAGGCUCCCAAGGAGGGUCGGUGUCUGAAGACAUUCAAGGGCCAAAGGGGAUACGUCCUUGGUGUUGUUCUGACCCCCGAUGCCCAAUGGAUGUUAUCCGGUUCCUCGGAUCGAAGCGUGCAAAGUGUGCCGUCCAACAAGUCAAGACAAGCAGCUAUGUUCAAGAGUGGUAACAAUAGCGAGCUUGGUGCCCCUGGAAGCUGA